UGUGAGAAAGUGCCGUUCAGAUUCACAAAGCUGCUCUGGGACGCGGGGUGCGGGAUACCUAUGACACGUGAAACGAUCUGCAGCUUUUCCAAUGGCGAGCAGAGGCAGCUUCAGCAGUUCGGAGUUCUCAGAGGAGGAACUGGAGGUGAGUCUUCAAGAACCAGAGGAGCUGGACAGCAGCCCCAGCUGUAGUUACCCCAGCAGCAACCAAAGCGAGCCAGAGGAGCGCCCGUCCAAGAAGCGCAACAGGCCGGUGCGCUCAAAAGCCCGCAGGGUGGCGGCCAACGUGAGAGAGAGGAAACGCAUCUUGGAUUAUAACCAGGCCUUCAACGCGCUCCGGUUGGCGUUACAACACGACCUCAGCGGAAAACGGCUGUCCAAGAUCGCCACGCUCCAGAGAGCCAUCAAUCGAAUCUCCGCUUUAUCCAUCUACCUCACCAACAACCCACCAGUUGAUGUGAUGAAACCCUGCGACCCCCUCGAGUGUCAGCCCAGCGGCCUGUGGUCGGGGACGGAACCUUCUCCCCCUUUCCGACUGGAAACCCAGAACUUCCUCUCCUGGCACCAGCCACUCGCCCAUCAUAUCCAAACCCCCCUGCACAGGCUGUCUUCAGAACAACAUGUUUUCAUGGACACUCAAAGACAUACCGGCCCUGCUUGUCCUCCGUCCCCUCACUACCCCUGUUUCUCUCCUGAUGGCCAGCUGUACCCGAACGGACACUGCCGGACCCCUCCUAGCGAUACGGUAAGCCCGCCCAGGUAUGGGAGACUGAGUGACGCUGGGGGUUAUCAGGCGGGAAUUUGGGGCUCUUGUGGCCCCAGUUAUGUGGACAGUUUUGGGGAACCACUUCAGACGCUCCCAGUGCCCUGGCAGAUGAGUUACCUGCAGGACGCCGGGCCUCAGAACUGUCAGAACACACUCUGAUGGACGCACACAUACAGUAAACGAGAUCCCCAGGAAAUGACUCAAACCCAUCACAGACUGAAGCACUUGGACAUCACUGCAAACAUUCUGCAAAACUCUCUGCUAGGAGAUGGAAAAACACUGUAUUUGUAGAUAUUGUGAAUGUAAUUUGUAAUAAAUAAAGAGGACCAAAUAUAUUAGAAUGAA